CUGCCUCCUCCUUCAUAUCCAAUCCAAUCCAAUCCAAACCCUAAUCAUCCACCAUGCCUUCCAUCCCUGAAGACCCUCUUCUUGCUCCAAACCCUGAUAGAUUCUGUAUGUUCCCAAUUCACUACCCUCAGAUUUGGGAAAUGUACAAAAAGGCCGAAGCUUCCUUUUGGACGGCGGAGGAGGUCGAUUUAUCUCAAGAUCAACGUCACUGGGACUCUUUAACCGACGACGAAAGGCACUUCAUCACUCAUGUUCUCGCCUUCUUCGCCGCUUCCGAUGGAAUCGUAUUGGAAAACCUGGCCGGACGAUUCAUGAAAGAGGUGCAAGUUGCAGAGGCUCGUGCUUUCUAUGGAUUUCAAAUCGCAAUCGAGAACAUUCACUCCGAGAUGUAUAGUUUGCUUCUCGAAACUUACAUUAAAGACUCCAACGAGAAGAGCAGGCUAUUUCGAGCAGUGGAAACGAUUCCUUGUGUGGAGAAGAAAGCGAAUUGGGCGCUCAGAUGGAUUGAUGGAUCGGAAUCGUUUGCGGAACGUGUAAUUGCCUUCGCUUGCGUCGAAGGGAUUUUCUUUUCUGGAAGCUUCUGCGCUAUUUUUUGGUUGAAGAAACGUGGUUUGAUGCCUGGAUUGACUUUCUCCAACGAAUUGAUUUCACGAGACGAAGGAUUACACUGCGAUUUCGCGUGUUUGCUUUACGAUUUACUCAAGACCAAGGUGAGUGAGGAACGAGUUAAGGAAAUCGUCUCUGACUCGGUGGUGAUUGAGAGAGAGUUCGUCUGCGACGCGUUGCCGUGCGCUCUCGUGGGGAUGAAUGGCGAUCUCAUGAGUCAAUACAUCGAAUUCGUUGCUGAUAGGCUUUUGGUUUCAUUGGGAUGUGGAAAGUUAUACAACGCCCAGAAUCCAUUCGAUUGGAUGGAGCUGAUUUCGUUACAGGGGAAGACGAAUUUCUUCGAGAAGAGGGUGGGGGAGUAUCAGAAAGCUUCUGUGAUGUCGAAUUUGAAUGGAAAAGGAGAUGCUCAUGUUUUCAAGAUGGAUGAAGAUUUCUAGUUUCGUUUUCUAGGGUUCUUCAUAUGUAGAUCUAUCCACUUUCGGAUAUUUAUCUUUUAGGGUUAGUUAAAAUUAUUACGAUUCUCUGUUUGUGUUCGUUGAAAAUUUGUUUCUUCUUCAACAAAUGAUAUAAAAGCUUUAAUUUUUUCUCUGUA